CAAACAUGGCAGCGGCGACGAGUGUUGUUGUGCUGGACAGGGGAAACAACACGACGUGCACCAUAAACCUGCAUGGAGCGACAGUGGUUUCAUGGAGAGUUAACAACCAGGAGCAGUUAUUUGUUAGCAAGCAAGCAGUGUUUGACGGCAAGAAACCUAUAAGAGGAGGCAUCCCCUUUGUGUUCCCCCAGUUCGGGCCGUGGAGCUUCGGGCCGGCGCACGGCUUCGCGCGCAUCAUCCGCUGGAACCUGGAGAAGGCGCCCGAGCGACUGCCCAGCGGCGACGUGGAGGCCAUCUUCUCCAUCAUGGACAGCGAGUUCACGCGCUCCAUGUGGAACUACGCGUUCCGGUUGACCUACAGACUGAUUCUGCGCGAGAAGGAGCUGCACUUCAACAUCGGCGUGUACAACCCCAGCAAGGACCUGACGUUCAGCUUCAACCUGCUGCUGCACACGUACUUCAAGGUGCCUGACGUGCGGCGUUGCCAGAUCACCGGCCUGCACGGCUGCAUGUUCAUCGACAAGACUAGGGAUGGGGCCAUUUUUCAAGAAGGGAGAGACGUGGUGACGAUUGGGGAAUGGACAGACCGGAUAUACCAGAACACUCCGCAAGAACACAUCAUCACGAAUGUUGUCUCCGGUAGGAAAAUGAGAGUACAAAAGUACAACUUCCCAGACACAGUGGUGUGGAACCCGUGGAUCGAGAAGGCCAAGGAGAUCGCAGACUUUGGCGACGACGAGUUCCCGAACAUGGUGUGCGUCGAGUCGGGCCACGUGUCCUCUCCGGUCAUCCUUCUGCCCGGCACCGCGUUCGAGGCCAGUCAGAUAUUGCAGGUGAUGUGAGUGGAGGGGGGUGCUGCAGGGGGCAGGGGGAGG